AUGUCGAUGAGCCCUAAGCAUACGACUCCUUUUUCUGUUUCCGAUAUCUUGAGUCCCCUUGAGGAGAGCUAUAAGAAAGUAAGUAUGGAGAAUAACAACUUGGGGGCACCUCUCACUUCUUACCGGCAGCCGCAGGUCUCUCAGGCGGCGAUGCAGCAGCACCACAUGGGCCAUAAUGGGACUGUGUCUGCGGCUUACCACAUGACUGCGGCAGGUGUUUCUCAGCUGUCACACACGGCCAUGGGGGGCUACUGUAACGGCAACCUGGGCAACAUGGGCGACCUGCCGUCCUACCAGGACGGCAUGAGGGGCAGCGCCACGGCCACCGGCUGGUACGGAGCCAACCCAGACCCGCGUUUCUCCACCAUUUCUCGCUUCAUGGGGUCGUCGUCGGGCAUGAACAUGGGCAGCAUGGGCAGCCUCAGCUCCCUGGCAGACGUGGGCAAAGGCAUGGGCUCCCUGUCCAGCACCCCGAGGAGAAAAAGGCGAGUGCUAUUCUCGCAGGCUCAAGUCUACGAGCUGGAGCGACGCUUCAAGCAGCAGAAAUACCUGUCGGCGCCGGAGAGGGAGCACCUGGCAAGUAUGAUCCACCUCACCCCGACCCAGGUGAAAAUCUGGUUCCAGAAUCACCGGUAUAAGAUGAAGAGGCAGGCUAAAGACAAAGUCUCCCAACAGCAGAUGCAGCAGGACAGCGGCUCCUGCCAGCAGCAGCAGCAGCAACAGUCCCCGCGGAGGGUGGCUGUGCCGGUGCUGGUCAAGGACGGGAAGCCGUGCCAAGGCAGCGGCCACACGCCAACGUCCUCCGCGCAGACGCACCACCAGCAAGGGGGCAAUGUCAUGAUCAUGUCCAGCAACGCGUCCGGCCUCGGGCAGCACCAGAGCCAGCAGGUGGGAAGCACAGGUCACUCUCCAGACUUGGCGCCGCACUCCUCCAGUCCGCCCUCGCUGCAGAGCCAAGUGGCCGGCCUCUCCCACCUCAACUCCCCCGGCGCAGAGUACGGCUCGGCCCUGCAGUGUUCGGCCCUGUUAUACGGCAGGACGUGGUGA